GCUCGCAGAAGCCGCGCCGCGUCUUUUUACGCACACCUUAUACAUUCGCCGUCACGCAGGGCGUGUUGUUGUUCGCUAACGUGCGGAUCCGGUCGCCGACUCCAACCUGCCAUAUCAAGGGCACGUCUUAUCGGCUAGCGACCGCCUAUCGGUUUCUUCCGUCGAGCGAGAGCGAUCCGACCAGCCGUGUAACGAAUUUCCUCUAGGUGGCGCUGGCGCACCGCGGCGCUCGCAGAGCAGACGCCGAUGCGUGCAUAAGGAGUUACGAAAACUGGACCGCGUGUUCGCAUUCGUACUGUAGGGCUGUAGUUUCUUACCACGCGAGCGGCUGUCAACGCGUACGGCAGAAGCCGCGAAGUCGGUUGCGAGUCGGCCCAGUCGGGCGGCGGAGACCAUGCUGCUGCGCGUAUUCGAGCCGGUGAGCCGUCUGGUACGGUGGCUAGUACGUCUGCGUGUACGUCUGCUGGCGUCUUUCGUCUUCGGCUGGCUACCGGUCGGCCGCGAACGACUCGCGGGCGAAGGCAGGCGGGUGCUGGUGAGCGGCUGCGACUCCGGCAUCGGCCUGCGGCUCGCGCAGAGGCUCCACUGCGCCGGCUACCGGGUGCUGGCGGGCUGCCUGAACGCCGACAGCGAGGGCGCCCGGCACCUGGCGACGCUGCGCGACGGCGAGUGUCCGGUGCAGGUGCUGCCGCUGGACGUCACCAGUGACCGGAGCGUCCAACGGGCUCUCCUCCAGGGACAGGUGCCGGAGAAAGGCCUGUGGGGGCUGGUGAACAACGCGGGAGUGUGCGUGCUCGGCGAGUUCGAGUGGAUGACACCGGAGCAGGUGGAGCGCACCAUGGCCGUCAACCUGUUGGGCACCCUACGGCUCACCAAGGCCUGCCUGCCCUUCAUCCGACGGAGCAAAGGGCGCGUGGUGAGCCUGAGCACCGUGGUGUCGGCGGCGCCCAGCUUCCCCUGCAUGGCCGCCUACUACGUCAGCAAGGCUGCCGUCGAGUCAUUCAGCCGCUGCCUGCGCCUCGAGCUGGCCCGGCACGGAGCGCACGCGAUCGUCGUCCGGCCCGGCGACCUGGUCAAGCACACGGCGCUCAUGGACCACCAGGCCGACGAAAACCAGGCUAUGUGGGAGUCCAUGGACAAGGAGCAGCGUCUCGCUCACGGGCCCCACCUGGCGGGCUUCGCGCGCGGCUGCCGGUCGAAGCAGGGCGCGCUGUCUCCCGGUCGGCUCGACGACAGCCCGCUGUUCGGCCACAUCGAGCACGCGCUGGGCUCCCGGCGGCCGCGCGCCCUCUACGUGAGCGACAGCGGCCUGUGGCCGCUGUUCCUGCGCGCGCUGGCCCUGCUGCCCACGGCGGCGUCGGACGCGCUGUGGGCGCUCUACUACAUCUUCCUCGGGCGCCUCGGCGGCGACAGAGCGUCUUAGGAUGCGCGUGUGUCUGUAUUUUGCACUGUGUGGUCCGUUUUGGAGAGAGAGAGAAAGAAAGAAAACGUUUUUCUUCAACGACAAAAAAAGAUGCGGGAAGAUUUUUUUAUCGGUGUUUCGUCCGACUCCUAGCGUAGUGGAACGAGCCAUAGCCUGACGUGCGACUACUCCAGGUGCAAGGUAACUUCUGAGCAUCAGUUGUGUACCUGCGCCCACGGCAUACGACGUCCAACGCCUCUCGCUCCGGAACAACUUAGCCCGGCUGGACUGGAGACCAUUUUUCCGAGUCAAGGAUACUCGGGCCGUGGCCACAUCUUUCGGUGGCGCCAAUAGCCAUUCGCGCGGUAGUGUACUUUGUUAAGUGCAUCGAGUGACCGUUUGCAUAGUCCCGUGCAUCCGCCCGCAUGCACGCAUUGUUCACUGUCCCUCUCUUUUACAAUUCUAUUCCCCCUCCCAUUAACCCCAGUAUAGGGUAGCAGACCUAACGCUCGUCCAGUUGGCAUCGCUGCCUUUCCUUCUGUUGCAUUCUGUCACUUCUGGCGGUGUCUCUUUGUCACCGAGGCAGCACUAUCCACAAGGUCUUCAACAGCGAGGUGUGCGGGCGCUUACGGCCGUGAACUCGCUCGUACCUUUCUGGAGGAAUGAGUGACGCGCUGUUGACUCCGCGAUUGGACGCAGUCAUCAGCGUAUACAGUGGUGACAAUACGAGAGAGAGUGGUGUAGUCAGAGUGAGUGAGUGAGUGAAAACUUUAUUGAGCUCUAGUAAUUGUGUUCUGCGGCUGGGGUG